CAUUGCUUUGUGCACCAACACAAAAAGAAGAAGAAAGAUAUUUCUCUCUGUCUUUGUUUGCAUAGAGAGGGAGUGAGACUAGGAAGAGUUAGUGGAUAUGGAAAUCGCACUAUGGAUUCGGGUUCUAGUUCUCGUGGCUUGUCUGUUUCCGGCAUCUGUGGAGUCCAUGGUCCGGCACUACAAGUUCAAUGUGGUAAUGAAAAAUAGCACAAAACUGUGUUCAACAAAGCCCAUUGUCACUGUGAAUGGGCAGUUCCCAGGGCCUACUUUAGUUGCCAGAGAAGAUGACACUGUGCUUGUGAAGGUGGUAAACCAUGUCAAAUACAAUGUCAGCAUCCAUUGGCAUGGCAUUAGACAACUGCGGACCGGUUGGGCCGAUGGCCCUGCAUACAUAACGCAGUGUCCUAUUCAGCCAGGGCAGAGCUAUGUGUACAAUUUCACCAUUACUGGUCAGAGGGGCACUCUAUUCUGGCAUGCACAUAUCCUCUGGCUCAGGGCCACUGUCCAUGGUGCUAUUGUCAUCUUGCCCAAGCGAGGUGUUCCUUACCCAUUUCCUACACCACGCAAGGAAAAAGUCAUUGUAUUAGGUGAAUGGUGGAAAUCAGAUGUUGAAGCUGUGAUCAACGAGGCGACGAAAUCCGGGAUGGCACCUAAUGUCUCGGACGCUCACACAAUCAACGGCCAUCCAGGGCCUGUCUCAGCCUGCUCUUCACACGGAGGGUAUAAUUUAACAGUACAUCCCGGAAAGACUUACAUGUUUCGGAUCAUUAACGCUGCACUAAAUGAAGAACUCUUCUUUAAGAUUGCUGGCCAUCAACUCACUGUUGUAGAGGUUGAUGCCGCAUACGUAAAACCCUUCAAAAUCGACACUGUUGUCAUAGCCCCGGGCCAAACCACAAACGUUCUUCUGACCGCAAACCGUGGUUCUGGCAAGUACUUGGUUGCAGCCUCACCUUUCAUGGACGCACCCAUUGCGGUUGAUAACGUAACUGCCACAGCCAUCUUACAUUACUCUGGCACCCUUGCUAGUACCAUCACUACCCUCACCGUACCUCCUGCCAAAAACGCCACUCCGGUAGCAACAAACUUUACGAAUGCUCUACGUAGCUUGAAUUCGAUAAAAUAUCCUGCUAGAGUCCCAUUAAAGAUUGAUCGUUCUCUUUUCUUCACCGUUGGCCUUGGUGUUAAUCCUUGUGCUACUUGUAUCAAUGGAAGCCGAGUUGUGGCAGAUAUCAAUAACGUUACAUUUGUGAUGCCAACAAUUGCUCUCCUUCAAGCUCACGUCUUCAACAUUAGCGGUGUUUUCACAGAUGAUUUCCCUGCCAACCCGCCCACGCCAUUCAACUAUACAGGCACACAACCAACGAACUUUCAGACAGUGAAUGGAACAAAACUUUAUAGACUUGCUUAUAACAACACCGUCCAGCUAGUUCUGCAAGAUACAGGAAUGCUUACUCCUGAAAACCACCCAAUCCAUUUGCAUGGCUUCAAUUUCUUUGAAGUUGGAAGGGGAGUAGGUAAUUUCGAUCCAAAUAAGGACCCAAAGAAAUUCAAUCUUGUUGACCCAGUGGAGAGGAACACAAUUGGGGUCCCAGCUGGUGGAUGGACCGCUAUAAGAUUCAUAGCAGAUAAUCCAGGGGUUUGGUUCAUGCAUUGCCAUUUGGAGGUACACACAACAUGGGGGCUUAAGAUGGCAUUUGUUGUAGACAAUGGCAAAGGCCCAAAUGAAUCUGUUUUACCACCGCCUCCUGAUCUGCCAAAGUGCUAGAGAAAACAAUGCAAGGAUUCUCUUCUGUAAACUGUAUAGACAGGAGAGGAAAAUUGCAAGUCAGAUUGAGCAGAGGAAACAACGGAAGGAUCAUAGGGAGAGACUGCUGAAUGGUUUAGAACUAAUAAGAAAGAGUUCUUUCGAGGCUGGCUAAAAUCAAUGAGUUGUUGCUCGGGAAUUUUAAAUAAAAUCACACUGAAACUUUCCUUCC